UUUCCCAUCUUUCCGUUUUUUCCAAGACUCUCUCUUCUUCCCCCACUCCGUCGCCGGAAAACCGACCCUCCUCACUCUCGCUCGCCGGAAAACCACCCCAACUCCCCCAAAACCGCCGUCCUUCUCCCCCUCGUAAACAAUCGCGUCGAAUAUCGGCAAUCCCUCUCGGUUUCUUCCCUCCUACGAAAAGUUUCGGAUCUCGCCCGAAUUCGUUCUCAGAACCGUAAUGUGGCUUCGCUCGUAAAGGGGAGAGGACCCGGUGUCGGAUCAGGAAUCGGCAUGAGAUGGUCGAAGGAAGGGCUUAUAUGUCUGGAGAGGUUAAAAGUAGGUUGGAAAUUUUGAAGCGAAAAAGACUGGAGCGAAUGAAAUUUAAUGUUGCAUGUGAAGCUAAAAAUAUUACUAAUAAUAUGAUAGCUAGAAGUGGAGGAGAUGCUUUAAAAGCUGCUUCAUGUGGCGCAAAUACUUCAGAUGCAUUUUCUCAUAUUAAUGGAUCUGGGAAAAAAGCAUUUUCAAAGCAUAAGGUGGAAAAAUUUGACAUGUCUAACUUAGAUUGGAUUGACAAUAUUCCAGAGUGCCCUGUAUUCUCCCCCACAAAAGAGGAGUUUGAGGAACCAUUAGCUUACCUUCAAAAGAUUGCUCCUCUAGCUUCAAAAUACGGCAUAUGCAAGAUCAUUUCUCCGAUAAAUGCUUCUGUACCUGCUGGCACAGUAUUGAUGAAGGAGAAAGCUGGUUUUAAGUUUACUACUCGAGUUCAACCUCUCCGCCUUGCUGAGUGGGCUAUAGAUGAUAAGAUCACAUUUUUCAUGAGUGGAAGAAAGUACACAUUUCGUGAUUUCGAGAAGAUGGCAAAUAAAGUAUUUUCACGAAGGUACUCUUGUGCUGGAUGUCUACCAGCUAAGUAUGUAGAGGAGCAGUUCUGGCAGGAAAUAGCUUUUGGGAAGACAGAAUCAGUCGAGUAUGCAUGUGAUAUUGAUGGUAGUGCUUUUUCAACAUCUCCGACAGAUCAACUUGGGAAAAGUAACUGGAACUUGAAGAGAAUUUCUCAGCUACCAAAAUCAAUAUUGCGGCUCUUGAGGAAUGGAAUACCAGGAGUAACAGAUCCCAUGCUUUAUAUCGGAAUGCUGUUUAGUAUGUUUGCCUGGCAUGUUGAAGAUCAUUACUUGUACAGCAUUAAUUAUCAUCACUGUGGAGCAUUCAAAACAUGGUAUGGAAUUCCAGGCCAUGCAGCUCCUGAAUUUGAAAAGGUGGUAAGCGAGCAUGUAUACAAUUGUGAAAUUUUGUCAUCUGAUGGAAUUGAUGCAGCAUUUGAUGUACUUCUGGGAAAAACAACCAUGUUUCCCCCAAACAUUUUGUUAAAACAUAAUGUUCCUGUCUACAAAGCUGUACAAAAACCUGGGGAAUAUAUUAUCACCUUUCCUCGAGCUUAUCAUGCAGGCUUCAGCCACGGAUUCAAUUGUGGUGAAGCUGUGAAUUUUGCUAUUGGUGAUUGGUUUGGGAUGGGGGCUGUAGCAAGCUGGCGCUAUGCACUUCUUAAUAGGGCUCCUUUGCUACCUCUCGAGGAACUUCUCUGUAAAGAAGCGAUGCUUCUCUACAAUAGAUUGUUAAACCCCAAUUUCAAAGGUUAUUCAUUAUCAACUGAAGAUUUAACUUCCCAGCACUGUAUAAAGGUUUCUUUUGUCCAUUUAAUGCGGUUCCAGCACCGUGCUCGCUGGUGGCUUAAGCAAUUGAGAGUGCAGGCAUGCUAUUCUGAUAUUCCCGUGCCAGUAUCCUGCAGUAGUUGCCAACGUGACUGUUAUGUAGCUUAUGUUCAGUGUAACUGCAGUCGAAAUCCUACAUGUCUUCGGCAUGAGCGAGAGCUUAGAAGCUGCCCUUGUGGCUUUGAUCGUGUAAUUAUCUUAAGAAAGAACCUGCCAGAAUUGGAGGAUGCAGCACAAAAGUUUGAGCUGGAAGAUGGAGUAUCAAGAGAGGUUCAGGAACAAUUGUUUGUAGCUGAUGAAACUCUGCAGUCUUCUUUAUUCACAUGCACCGAAGAUGAUGGGUACAUACCAUAUUGCCAGAUAAAAUUUGAAGCAGGUGCAGAAUUUUCGGAACAAGUCAAGCGGAAUUCACAACAUUUGAAUUUGAACUACACCACUCAUAGUCAUAUAUCCGCUACACAGGAGAAUAUCUCUUCUGAAGAAUCUACUCUGUCUUCUCUAGGAGCAGACGAAAGGCUGCAAAAUGGCCUUGCAAACUCAGCAAAAUCCACACAAACAAAUUGCUCACAAAGGGUGUCAGUUCGUUCUUCUUGCUCCAGAGAGUUACGUCCAACUGCAUAUAGACCUGCCAACUCAACUGUUUCUCCUGGCAUUUCAAAUGACAGUGAUGAUUCUGAUUCUGAAAUAUUCAGGGUCAAGCGCAGCAGAUCUUCCAUAUGUGUGGAGACAAGAAAAGAGAGCGAGUCAACGAGCUCAAAAUAUCCUGCACACCAGGUGUUGAAACGGUUGAAGAAGGUCACUCCAGAUUUGUAUGGAUACAAGGACUAUUCUUCUUCUGCUCCUAAAAACAGUGAUAUUGGAGGAAUUGCUCCAAUAUCCUCGAAAAAAAUUAAGCAACAUCAGCGGGAUCCAAAGAUUGGCAAGCAUGAAGACUACAUGCAAGUGAGAUUAACAGAAUCAUACAUCAAGGAUAGUCGUCCUUCUUUUGCAACAAAGCGUCUCAAGGUUAAAGGCCCCUCCUUUUCUGAUGAUACUGUAGAGCAAGGCGGUUCUCGCUGUAGACAUAUUUAUUCUCAGAGCAGGAUUUGACUUAUUGGUUCUAACCACAAUUCUUAGCUGAUCUCUAACUACAGAUAGAAAAGGCAUGACAAGGGGCUGCCAUUUUAACUGUCAGUGAAUAUGGGACACAUAAAUUCUCACAUAAUUGAUUCCUUGUGCAGACCUCAAAUAGAGGUGAUAGCACGACCCGAUUCUAUCAGCAAAUUUGGUCAUUUUAUUCUAUUUGGGCAGGGAACCUUGCUGUAAAAUGUCGUGGAUGUUGGUGGUUUGUCCAAUUGUAUAUCACUGACACUAAUCAAUUCUUUUAGGUGGAUUUUCAGGUCAGUCUGCUGCUAGUCUCCCAAUUUUUUUCUUCUCUCUUAUGUACAUGUGGUCUUAUACAUUAUACACGUACGUAGUCUUAUACUUUGAACCA